CUGUGGCUGGCCCGUGCUCAGGGAAUUCCCAUCCUGUCCAUUAUGCUCUUUUGGCCCAGCACGACUCGGCCUUGCAUAUCAGGCCUUGAGCCGUCAUGAACCCGCAGCUUACGAGGACUUCGAAACCGGUGUCGAGGAUGAUUGUCUUGCCCCUACUGAGAGAUGCUAUUAUUAAGCUCCAGGCCCCGGGAGCCUGUGGCUGUGAACCAUCCUGUCUCGCCGUGUCUCAUCCGGCUCAUCUCACCAAGCCUUCCGCGAGAUUUGGACUCACCGAUUUGCGGAGCAAGGCUUUGGGGUUGGCGCUGGUGGCGCCGGUAAUACGUCUGGUUCUCGUGGUAUCAACCUGGACUUACAGUACAGCACUGUAGCUUCGACGAGCUGUUGUGAUCUUGGCGCCUUGCAACACAAGUUUAUAAGGCACCAUCUGCACAACCCCUUCGGAACAUGCUACCGCUCUGCAACAGCCGAGCACUGGUAGCGUAUCGCAUAGACCGCUGUUUGAACCUACACUUAGCUGGAUGGUGCCCGAACCCUACGCCCGCAUCAAGACGAUUGGGGGGAAAAUUCCUCGGGCCUGAAAUGUGUUCUCUGGUUGUCGAUCAGGGGGGCCCAAUCUCCCCAGUCUCGCGAGAUCCUGCGGACUUGGCAAUGAUCCGUCACGGGAGCCUUACACUCGGGCAGUCUUCAGCAUCUCCUCGAAUCAUCCUUCCUCCUUGCACGGGCGGUGAAGGCAAUAUGGAAUGUGUAGCGUUUCUGCAAGCGACUGCACGGACGGCCAAGGCAUUUUGUCCAUUUGCUGUGUACGCGUUUCAUCAACAUGGGUCUUCUGCGCCCGUGCAGGUGAGGUCUUUGCUCCAGGACAAAUGAUCAUAGUCUGCUGUCCGUGCUUUCUGCACCGCGGUGACAACUGGUUUGAGCACCGGUCAGAGCCGGCCCUCACAACCUCUGGGAGCAUCCGUUCUGUCUUGCAGUGGAUACCGCGUUUCAUGAGUGAAUACAAGGCUGAAAUUUUCGGGGUUUGUUGAUAUCGUCGCCGAUCAUUCGCUGCCGAGCAACCAAAAACUCUUUCACACCAUGGAUCUCGGAAGGGACAUUUGAAUGCUGUUCAUCUGUUUCAGAGCGAGUAUUGUGAGUCAUACUCUCUCGAGCAGUCAGGCUUGAUCAUGUACGGGGUACACGAGCGAAAGACUUCGAUUCGCUCUUCAGAUGGGCCAUCACAUAUUUUCCAUGGCACGGAGGCAUCCAACCUCGUCACCCAAGAACACAAAUGGAAUGGUCAGCUGCUUGGGGCUUGCGCUGCUUAAGGUCAAGUAUUUCGGGGGCGCCGCACCUUGGGGACGGGUUUGCCAGGGAAAAUUGAAAUAUUCCUCCCUUAAAUUGUCAUCUUGUCAUUCUGCCUGGACUUUGCGUGUACGUCUUCAAACCCAUUGUUGACAGCACAUAUUUGCAUUAAUCAAAUAUUGCGAGAUGAGUGGAGGGGGGCAACCUUUUUGAGUUCUCGGUCGGGAUGAUUUGGCAAGUGGCGUAUCGGCCUCUGGAUGAACCGACACCACAUUUCCCACAGAAGCAACAAUGCUUGAGAAAGAUUGACGACUAGAGAUGGCAUCCAGAGCCACGGGUCCGCAUCACCGAUAUUACUCGACACCUAGAUGGUCGUGAACAAAAAACAACAACUGGCGGUCAACAAAUCAUGGGCAAGGACGGCCAACAGCACCCAGUGGCUGUCGGUGAGGAGUUGUCUUGACGACACGCCUUUCUCUUAAAGUUGCACUCCGACCGGAUGAUUGUGAUACUGACUCGGCACAUCGCUGUGAAGGCAGGCUGCUUCCAUUCAUGUUGACAAAAGUGAUCUGCGCUGAAAACAUGUGGGCAUGUCGCGGGAAGUAGAUGACGAUAACUAGUUCGGAUGGUCGUCAUGAUUCCCUUGGUUAUUGAUGGGGAUAUUGGUCCAAAUUGUUUGCUCUCCUGUUUCAUGUCCUGCGGGGUGUGCAAUGUUCUGGAGUGAUCCUUGUAGAUGGAAGGCCUUAUGACAGAGUGCCAAACUCUCUCCCAGGAAGAGUUCUCGAGUUCACUCUCAGCAACAUGUCGAGCCGUUGCGGGUUCUUAUAGGACUGGCCCUUGCAGUGCACCGGGUCGUUCGAGGGUUUCUUUGGGAGCAAUGACAAACUGCCGAUCAUGUCAGUCGUGUUUAUAAUAGGCCACCAGGGAGGGUCAACCCGGAACCUCACUCUGAUUUUGAGGCCUUAGUCCGCAGUCAGAGAGUCAGAUCCGUGAUCCCUCUCGCUGACCUCCCCGAAGCAGGACAAGGUGCCCCACACCAUGGAGCGGCGGAAGUCGCCUCAGGCAAUAGUAUGAAGUAGACUUCCAUCGAAUGGGGAUAGGACGAGAG